GUUGUUUUGAGUGCUGUAUUAAAUGUCUGGGCGGUGUGCCGUAUGCAUCUCUGGUGGCCACGAUCCUGUGUUUCUCCGGUGUGGCUCUGUUCUGCGGAUGUGGACACGUGGCUCUGACUGGAACCAUGACCAUCUUGGAAAACCACUUCUCCAGAAUCACCGCUGACCACGCCAUGCUGACCGACAUAGUUCAGCUCAUGCAGUACGUCAUUUACGGCAUCGCCUCCUUCUUCUUCCUGUAUGGCAUUAUUCUGCUGGCUGAGGGAUUUUACACCACCAGCGCUGUCAAGGAGCUGCAUAGCGAGUUCAAGACCACCGUCUGCGGACGCUGCAUCAGCGGGAUGUUUGUGUUUCUGACGUAUAUCCUUGGGAUCGCGUGGCUUGGGGUCUUCGGCUUCUCUGCGGUGCCGGUGUUUCUCUUCUACAACAUGUGGUCGACCUGCGCAGCCAUGCGCUCACCAGUGGCCAACCUGACCUCCAUCGACAGCAUCUGUGUGGACGUUCGUCAGUAUGGUAUUAUUCCAUGGAACGCAACACCGGGCAAAGCAUGCGGCUCAACACUGGGCGACAUUUGCAACACCAACGAGUUCUAUCUGUCUUAUCAUCUGUAUAUUGUGGCCUGUGCUGGAGCCGGAGCCACAGUCAUCGCUCUGAUCCAUUUCCUAAUGAUCCUUUCUGCAAACUGGGCUUAUCUAAAGGACGCCAGUCACUUACACUCGUAUCAGGACAUCAAACUGAAGGAGGAGCGCGAGCUGCAGGACAUCCAGUCCCGCUCCAAAGACUGUCUGCACUCGUACUCGUGAGGAGGAUCAGCAGCGCCACUAAACACAGCUAACUAACACACUAACACACACACACACACACACACACACACACCGCUGCUCUUGCUCACUCUCUUUCUAUUGGCCCUUGAGUUUCAAACGUUGCACUAUUUCACACACACACACACACACACACACAUACACAUGCAGAGCAGACUGUCUUAUUGAUGAGGAGGAUCGUGUCUUUCUGGCGCACUAAAGCAGUUGCACGGGGGUGUUUUUUUGAGGGGAAUUGGCUAAAAUGAUAUUGGUGUGGGUUGAAAUUCAGCAUUUUUACCUCAUGCCAAAAAUCACUGGGUUAUUAAGUAAAGAUCAUGUUCCCACU